AAAGGGACUUCAUUUCCCUGUGCUGCCAUAGCAACCAGGAAACAACCUCCGCUCAGAGGAGCAGGAUGGUGCUGUGGCCGAGAUUCGUAGAUGCACAGGGCUGGUAACAGAGCAACUGGGACCCAGGGACAACAAGAGCUCAGGUGAAGGAAGAGACAGGUUGCCCAGAGUGUAGAAAAUCCAGGGCUUGAGGAGUCUGGCUAUGUGGUUUAUUUUUUUGCUCCACAAAGACACGCAGUGUCUAAUCUGUGUGGCUGGUUGUUACUAAGAAGCUGCUGCGAGAAGGAAAAAUGUAUUUCAUAAAAGGUCCAGUGUUUGUGGUCUUCUUGGGCUUGCUGUGAGCUCUGGAAAUCUUGAGGUGUGACCAGAUUUCAGCCUUUAAAACCAAGAUGAACUGCCCUUGAGAAGGGGUGGUCAGAGUUUAACAUGUUCACGCUCUCCCUCCUGAGCCGGGGCCACGGGAAGCUGGGCCAGGACAAACAGAAGUUAGAAGUCUACUUUGAACCAGAGGAUUACUUGAACUGGAAGUCCCCAGAAGACUAUGUUCUUGCCAGCAAACCUCAAGAUGAGGACAAUGCCACCCAGCACUCCUGGAGCCUCUUUCUCCCUAAAACUUUCAGCACUAGAAAGGGUGCCCUGAUCCUCUACUCAGAAGGUUUAGCCAUUCCGGCAUGGACACACAAAGAGAAGGGAAAAGGGCCCUACAGCCCCAAAGGUCACUGGAGGAAGCUGGAUCUUGAACUGUACACACUUCAAGACCUCAAAGAAGCCAUCCUGGCAUAUGGAAGGCAACAGGGGGAGCAGGACAGAGCCUGGCAACCACACCUCCACUUCCGAAGCCAGCUGGAGAGCCAGGCCCAACGGCAGAUCCAGCCAGGGCAUUCAGCCAAGAGAUACCUCCGAGGCCUCCUGCAGACUUGGCCCCCAGAUGCCAUGUACAGGCUCUGGUGUGCAGGUUACAUCAAGAAUUCUGUGCUGCUCCAGGACAGUCAACUUAAUGUACCAAAGAAGCUCAGGCCACAACAGGAUCUUUCAGGUGUACCCCCAAAAUACCAUCUCCUGCCUGUCUUCCCUUCAUGUUGGAUUCAACAAGGAAAAUCUUUUGAACAAGGUCAACAGGGCCUGGAUGAAGGGGAAGCUAAAGCUGCUGGACACCUGGACCAGGACCCUCUAGCUAAGAACCACGGCCGUCAGGGGACUCACUUGCUACCACUCAGGAAGCAGCCCUGGCCGGAAGAUGAAACACGGGCAGAAGACACGUCAAUAGAGCAUCACCUUCGUUUACAUGCUUCAAAGGAAAGCUACAAUGAAAAGACACAGCAAACCUUCAGGAAGGCCUUUGGGCAUGGCCACAUGGAUCACCCUUGGCUCCCGAGAGACAAAUCACACAUUACCUUCUGUGGAGGCGCCUUCCCCAAUAGGAAGCCAGAUCUCAGUGAUAAACAAAGGAACGUGAAACUCCACAAGGUCAGAAUCGGCCACUUGUUACAGGAGCUUCCUGCUGAAAGAUGCCUCUUCCCUCCUGUAGUAACUGCCACUGGCUCCGGAAUAAACACCCCUGGAGAAGCGAAGAAGAAAAAGGCACCAAAGGCUUUGAAAUUACCUCCUAUCUCAGAAGAAUCACCCAGAGUCUUGGAGCCCCUGAAGAGCCAAUUUAAAACCAAUGAGCCCCCAACAGAGCUCUUCAUCUUCCCAGUGGAGAUUCAUUACCACACCCGACACUCCCUAAAAGAAAAAGCCCACAGAAGAGGUGCUCUACACCCUGAGUCAGAACCAGAAAUAAGUGAAGAGGCCAGGCCUGUGUGGAAACUGCCCCUGAAGCAUGCAUCCUUAGAAAAGCCAAGGGAGCUAAUGGUGCAUCUCCCGGUGGAUACAGGCAGGGACUCACUUUCGCCUCCAGGUAGCUCCUCCCUCCCUCCAGCAUCCCUCGGGAACCUCACUCGGAAGGGAAGCAAGGCAAGACACACAAGGGUCCACAGCCAAGGAAAAGGAGGCUGGAAGGGAGAUGAUGAUGCCCCGCCCCAAAAUGUGACCUCACCACUGGAUCUUCUACCCCCGAUUAAAGGAAAAAAAUGUCCUGCAAGCCAGAAGGGACUGGACAGCCCUAGGACAUCAGGCUACAGCAGCCCCCCAAGUCUACCGAAUGUGAGAGCACCCAGGAAGGCACUGCCAGCAGGUCAAGAUUCCAGCAACCCCACACUGGGACACUUCUUGCUGGGUCCAGAUGGAGAAAAAGUCCGCGCAUCCCUCCCAGGGUCUACCCAGACUGAGGUGUUUCCAUCCGGUAAAGCAGACACUGAAACUAGAGCCGAUCUUCACAUGAAUCUUUAUGAAGCCUCACCGUUGACCCAAACAACAGAGAAGCAGGGAGCCCAGCAGUCCUUGGAGGCAGCAGCUCAGAAGACAAGAGAGCCUCAAAGUUGUAUAAAUAAAGGGCUGAUAUGUUCAAACAGAAAAGAAUUUUACACGUGCAAGCUGCACAUCAACAUGACGCCGUUCCUGAAGCAGGAAAGUGGAGAGGCACUGGACUAUCAGGAAGAAGCAGGAAGAUCCCUUAGAGAAACUCAUCACGACAACCAAGACCCAGAGCCAAGGAGUAUGACCCUUGACUCUCUCAGUGCUUCCCAGACUGAGCACAUCCAGACCCCAGACGCAGAUACUGUGCAAAAGGUGAGCAGAGAUUAUGAUGUACACCACCUCCACAGAGGACUUCCGGGACACAGGCCUGAGUCACCAGAGAGGUUGAGUGCUGUGUAUACAUCUCUUCUUCCAAGAGAAAGAGAAGGGAAGGCUGAACCAAGACUAUUUAGCCAGGAGACAGCCAGCAUCGGUCAUGAGAGGGAUCUGAUUGACAAAGCCAAAAGAAAGAAAAGACUCAAGACAGACAAAACGAAAGCACUCAAGAGAGAGAGAGAAGGAAAGAUCUACAGGGAAGCAGAGGCUGCCGUCGGAAAAUCAAAGGACUCAAAGGCUAAAAAAAAUUUAGAAAAAAACCCAGGAGCCCAAAGGAAAAGGACACAGAAGGAAAGAAAUCUGGAGAAAGUGGCAGAGCAGAGUGGGCCUGAUGUCAUUCACUCUGAGGAAACAGAAGACACCUCAAAUAGAAGUUCCUUCGCUUCAGACUCCUUUGUAGAGGACCCUUGGCUUUCUCCCAAAUAUGAUGCCCAGGAGACCCAAGUUUCUCUAGAUGGAAGAUCAUCACCCUCCCAGAUUGCAACUGUCACUGGCAACAUGGAAUCUAAAGGAGAGAGAAGCUGUGAGGACCCUUCCAAAGUCAAGUCUGAUGUCCUCGGCUUGACAGAGGGAGUUCUGUCCUCACUUGGCACAAGUGCAGAGGCCCUCCUCACUAAGAGGGAACAGAAGAAGGCUUCCCAGGACAGGCUUCGAACAGAAAGAGCGGAGAUGAGGCGGCUGGAGGUGGAGAGGAAGAGAAGGGAGCAGGAAGAGCAGAGGCAGCUCCAGCAGGAGCAGCUGGAGAGGGCAAAAAAGAUGGAGGAGGAGCUGGAGCUGGAGCAGCAGAGACGCGCAGAAGAGAUGCGCUUGAGGAAACAGAGACUCCAAGAAGAACAGCAGCGGCAGGAGGAGGAGGAGAGAAAGCAGCAGCUCCGGUUGAAAGCAGCCCAGGAGAGAGCUCGGCAACAGCAAGAGGAGUUUCGGAGGAAACUACGAGAACUACAGAGAGAAAAGCAGCAGAAGGAAGCUGAGAGGGCCGAGGCAGAGAAGCAAAGGCAAAAGGAAUUGGAAAUGCAGUUAGCAGAGGAACAAAAACGCCUGAUGGAAAUGGCUGAAGAGGAACGAUUGGAGUACCAGCAGCGGAAACAGGAAGCGGAAGAGAAGGCUCAGCUGGAGGCAGAGGAGAGGAGGCAAAAGGAAGAGGAAGCAGCAAGACUGGCUCUGGAAGAAGCCACAAAACAAGCCCAGGAACAGGCCAGGGCAAGACCUCUCAGAAGAGGUGUCAUAUAUGGUGAAACUUGAAUGACAAAGAGCCACAUAAACAUCUGGGAGAAAAAAUAUCCCAGCAUGUAAACAGUAAGUAUAAAGGUCUGAAGAAAGAAAUGAGGCUGGCAUGUUGGAAGAAUAAAAGACAGUAUGGAUGGAAUGAAGGGGACAAAGGGCAAAGGACACUUCCAGGUGAAGUUAGGGACAUAGGCCAAGACCAGAUCUAAAAUGAGGGCCUUGUUAGAAGAAAAAGCACAGAAACAAAGUCAUCAGGGUUUUCCCCCUUUAUUCUCCUAUAAUACUGAUUAUCAUUGCAUCUUACUGAUAAUAAAAACUGAGGUAUGUAUUUCAAUUGACUCUUUAAAAGCUAGGACCUCUAUAGUAGCUACAUCAUGAACUUCUCCUCCUUAGAGAAAGUAACUAAAAACUGUCCCUCUUUAGAACCACCAAAGCCAAAGUUGCAAGGUAAAGAGGCACAACCCAGAAAACCAUGUGAUUCCAACCUUAACUGUAAAUACUUUUCCCCUUCAAAUAUCCGUCCACAACUUAAGCUGAAUCUAAGAUGAUAAAUAUUCUUUAGGGGACCAAAAAGCCAAUGCAACUCAAUUUCAAGGUUGUCUACUAACCUUGAGUUCUUCCUCCUCUGGACUUUCCUCAGCUGUUAGGUGAAUUACAAAAUGGAUCAUUAGGCAAGCCCUCACUUCAUUUCAAAAUUAUCUACUCCAUGUCCCAUAGCAGCAGAAUUAGGUUCCUAAAUAUCGAGACCACAAGCUAACUAUUGGGAGUUCCAACUUUCCACGAGAAGGAAACUGACAGUCAUCCAAGGCAAAGCUGGGCAAUUUAUAAGGACAGUCCAAGUAGCUGAAAGCAGAAAACCAACUUAACAAAAGGGAUGAGGAGAAGAGCCUCACUCUACCAAGACUCAGGAGAAUUGCAUAUCAACUGGCUUUAUUUCAUCUUCACUGUGUGACACUGGCCCAGGUACUUUAAGUUCUCUGGCCUGUUUUCUCACCCCACCCCCACCCCCUUUUUUUUUG